ACAUUUACAUUUGGUGUAUAGUACUGGCGUUGGAAAAUCACUGUUUUCCGGUUGUAAUUUGUUUUAUAAGUCUUAUUGACCGAUCGCGAAUCAUGCCCAGCGUAUGUGCAGCGAACAAUUGCGCUAAUAGAAGUGGUAAAACAACUGGAAUAUCAUAUUUUAGAUUUCCUCUGAAAAAGAAAGAGCUUUUAAGUCGGUGGGUAGCCAAUAUGAGGCGAGAUAAGUGGCAGCCAACUCAAUAUAGCUACAUAUGCUCGUUUCACUUUGAAGAUAAAUACAUGUAUAGUACAAACGAGAAAAGCCGACUUCUGGCAAACGCAGUACCGACAAUAUUUACGUUUCCUGACCAUCUGCAGAAAACAACUAUAGUAGAGAGACAACCAAGGAAACAGCUUGUCAGUGAAGAAUCAGCUUCCUUAUCAAAUGAACCAGGUGAAAGAGUGAAUCAGAAUGAUCAUACAGAUCAUGAGGCACUACAGAAAAGGACCGAGAAGCUGAGGAAGCAAGCGAAACAUGCAAGGCAAAAUGUUUCAAGAAAGAAGAAACAAAUUGUGACAUAUAAAACAGUGGUUGUAGGCCUAAAUAAGAGACUUAAAGACUGUUCUUCUGGAGUGAUAGGAUGUGAAAAAAAUAGUGAUAUUCUGAAGCACUUUUUGCAAUGCAAAACAAAUGUUAAAUUCCUGAAUAUCCUAAAGAAAUAA